AUGGACAAGCGUGAGACCAUCAUCAUUGUCGGAGGGGGUGUGUUCGGCCUGUCAACCGCCCUGAACCUGGCCCAGGACGGCUUCCGAUCCAUCACCGUGCUUGAUCGGUCUAUGCCUCCAGUACCUGAUGGCUCUAGCAAUGACAUCUCACGUGUAAUUCGCUUCGACUAUGGCGACAAAGUUUAUGCGGAAAUGGGAAAGGAGGCAUAUGACUUAUGGAACACACAACCAGAGUAUGCAAACUCAUUCCAUCAGACACCAUGCGUAUGGACCGCCCAACAGUCAGGGCCUGCAAAUUUAGUCUCGUCUGGUGGUUCCGACUUCAUUAGAAAGACCAAGGAGAUCCUGACUAACAUGGGGGCGGAAUGGCAUGGCCUUGAAAAUAUGGAGGCAUUAAAGGCCAGAUUCCCGACAAUCAGCGGGAACCCAAUUGGGGAUGGCUUUGAAGGCUUCUAUAAUACUGAGGCAGGAUGGGCUGAUGCUGGCCUUGCGAUAGCUGGUCUCCGUGAUCGCUGCAUCGUUGCCGGAAUCAACUUCGUGACGGGCACGCAUGGCCAAGUGACGGGCCUCCAGAAGGGAGCAGAUGGUACGAUUACAGCAGUGAAAACAGCUGAAGGAAACUUGAUCCGAGGCGACAAGUUUAUUUUCGCCACUGGUGCGUGGACUGCCAGUUUGAUUCCAAGUUGGAAUUCCAUGGUUGCCACCGGCCAGAUUGUCGGAUUUUUGAGACUUACCCCUGAGGAAGUCAAGGCCCUGAAGGACCUUCCAAUCGUUUUCAACCUGUCUACCGGUUUCUUCAUUUUUCCGCCGCAUGAAGACUCGGGGUAUCUAAAGGUUGCUUGCCAUAGUUUUGGGUACACUCUUUCUUCCUUAGUCGAAGGGGAGGAUGUUUCUUCCCCACCGAGUAGUGCAAUUUCUGCACGCGCCAAUUUUAUCCCUGAAGAAGGGCGACAAAGACUUCUUGCUGGACUAGGGGAGAUUUUGCCGCAGCUUGUUUCGAGAGGAUUUGAAAAGACGGCGAUAUGUUGGUACAACGAAACGCCAACUGGAGACUUUGUCUUUGAUUAUCACCCAGACCACAAGAAUUUAUUUAUUGCCACUGGUGGCACUGGACACGCAUACAAAUUCUUGCCAGUAAUCGGCAAGUAUAUUGCUGGGGCAUUCCAACAAAAGCUCUCCCCUGAGCUACUGCAGAAAUGGAAAUUCCAUACAGAAUACAACAAACAAGAGAAAGAUGACGUCUUUACAGGCACCAAGAGUCGAAAAGGUGGCGACGGUAGUCGUGGAGGGCCCAAGAGAAGAGAGUUCACACCACAAGAGAAGGACAACCUUCUUAGCCUCACCAACGCACUCGCUAAAAGAAGUGCCAAGCUAUAA